AUGCCCCUCCGAGUGCGGCCUAUCACCAAGCCACGCUGCAAGAACUGCCGUGUCAGAAAGGUCAAGUGUGAUUAUGUGAAGCCUACCUUUGACAAGGACAACGCAAACCAGACAUUGGCAGUCACUACAAAUACUAGAUCCAGUGCGCCGGGGCGACGCCUGCGACUUCAAUCGGCGUCUGAACUACCGCCGAGUAUUGGGCAUAGCCAGCAGCAGGUGGCAUUCCAGAAAUUCCUGACGCGGUUAAUGCCGCAGACGGCCGCUGAUCUGGACGUAUUCGAGGCGCACUGGGUGAUGCAGCUGCCAGAUCUUCGGCGCCGCUUCAAGCCACUUGUUCUAGCCGUCGACGCCUUUGCCAUGGCCAUCUGCGCGAAAACGGAUCCCAGCGAGGACCUCCGUACGAUGGGCAUGAAGUUAUAUGGCCACGCACUCGGGCAAUUGAGCGAAUAUUAUUCGAAUCGUUCAGGUACAGAGACACGCUGGCAUGAAGCAGCUCUGACAUCGAUAGUACUUUCUCUAUACGAGUCAACGAGCGAUGAUUUAUUCACCAAGCCUGGUGUACAUCUCCAGGGAGUGUCGAUUCUCUUGCAAAAGGGCACGAUAGGCAAAAUUCGAGACCCGCGUUUCCAGUCCACGUUUUCGCUCGUUCGUGUAACAAUGGUUUGGACCCCCCCUCCCAGGGACGUGGCUUGUCGCAAAGCUCAAGCACACUAA